UGGCCAUUUCAGAUAUUUGUUUCCACAAAUGUAUAAUUAGGUGGGUGAGUGCGAGAGAGGGAUUUGGGAUUUCAACGGACCCCAGAUGACUGCGUGAGGCAAAAUGCUCAGUGCGCGCCGACGUCGAUAAUGUGAAGGCAGGAAUGGAUUAAACUUGUGGUCUACAAUGUUUUGCCUUGACUGAAUGUAGCCUAAAGACGACGCACUGACAGAGGAUUUAAACACUUGCCCAAACCUCCUAAAGAGGACUUUCUACAGGUAGAAUAUUUGGAACCCAUCUUGAAGUAGGUUAAUUCACCUCGGGGUUUUUCAAGCAGAUUGAAUGACGCCUCUCAAUGAUAGCGGGUGAAAACUAAUCGCGCGUGGUGAGUUAUUCUGUGAGUCAUUAAUUUGUUUUAGGAAUAUACGAUUUUUUUGCGGAGUAGAAUACGAUAAAGAAAGAAGGAUAGCGUGUUUGCGUUUUUGUUCACUUCUAUAUGUCGAUCCAACGAUCGUAGUUUUAUUCGUGGAGAUUUUUAGUGAUGUUAUAGACAGACUCCUGGUCGACCGAGACGCAGCAGGCAGAUCAUAGCGGACACGCCAGAUCCGUCACUGCGCUCAUGUGAAGUUGGCCUCGGCAAAAAGAAUGUCACCCAGUUCUGCUGGACCUAAGAUCAAAUAGCAUUUUUUUUAAAAGGCUGUUCGAUCUUGUCGAUCUAUUAGUUCUGUGAAAUACAUUUUACCGUAUGCCUUUUCCUCAGAUUGUUAUGAUCAGACCCCUUUUACUUUUAAUGUGAUAGGUGUUGCUUUGGUUAGCCUACAGUAAUAAAUAGUUUUGUGACAGUGGAACCCUUGCGUAAAGUCUAUAUUAUUGAUGUUUUCUCAGACAAAUUAUGUCAAUUGCCUCGUUAACCUGAGCAAUUUUGAAUCCUCGUCAAAUGGUGUUUUUCGAUUCAACAAGCUACGCCAAGCACUCCUGGCAGUCAAGUGAUGGGCGCAGUUUGCCUUAGUUGGAACCGAAGGCGUCUCGAUUUUUUUUCAUCCAGCUUGUUGAAUCUCCUCCUUGGUGAUAGGAAUUGGCUCGUAUUAACUCACUUUACUGCCAUUUAGGUAGUAAUAUAGGCGGAUUGCAGCCUCCCCUUUCGCUAGAACUAACUCAACCGUCGGAGCAUCAUGGCUCGUUACGCUCUCGGAACAAAGCAACACCCUCGCUUUCUAUGGAGAGUGUUUUGGUUGACGAGAACGUUGGUGGAUUUUGCGCUGUCGCAAGAGGUUUACGCACCCCAUUCUAUCCGGAUUGAGGGACAUUUGACCCUCGGUGGCCUCUUCCCUGUGCACACCAGAGGGACCGAAAGCACGCCUUGUGGAGAUAUCAAAAAGGAGAACGGGAUCCAUCGGCUGGAGGCCAUGCUGUAUGCUCUGGAUCAAAUUAACCUCGACGAUCAACUUUUACCCAACAUCACCCUAGGCGCCCGGGUGCUAGACACUUGUUCGAGGGAUACAUAUGCGCUUGAACAAUCAUUAACUUUCGUUCAGGCAUUGAUACAGAAGGACACUUCAGAUGUGAGGUGCACCAAUGGAGAACCGCCCGUGUUCGUCAAGCCCGAGAAAGUGGUUGGAGUCGUUGGAGCCUCGGCAAGUUCCGUAUCGAUUAUGGUCGCCAACAUUUUGCGCCUCUUUCAGAUCCCUCAGAUCAGCUACGCCUCCACGGCCCCGGAGCUGAGUGAUGACAGGCGCUAUGACUUCUUCUCUCGGGUGGUUCCUCCAGACUCAUUCCAAGUCCAAGCCAUGGUGGACAUCAUCAGAGCCCUGGGCUGGACCUAUGUGUCCACCGUGGCCUCUGAGGGCAGCUACGGAGAGAAGGGUGUGGAAACCUUCCAACAGAUCUCCAAGGAGGCUGGUGGGAUCUGCAUCGCACAGUCUUUAAAAAUUCCCCAAAACCCCAAGCUAGAGGAUUAUGACAAAGCCAUCCAACAUCUGCUGGAUAUGCACCACUCCCGGGCAGUCAUCAUCUUUGCCAGUGAAGAAGACAUACGGGGAGUUCUCAAUGCCACCAGGAGAGCCAAUCAGGUGGGCCAUUUCCUGUGGAUUGGAUCGGACAGUUGGGGGUCGAAGAGCAGCCCAAUACACCAGUUAGAGGACGUGGCUGUGGGAGCAGUCACUAUACUGCCCAAACGCUCAUCUAUUAAAGGGUUUGAUGAAUACUUCACCUCGCUCACCCUGGAGAAUAAUCGCAGAAAUGUGUGGUUCGCCGAAUUCUGGGAGGAAAAUUUUGACUGCAGGCUCCUCAGCUCCUCCAAACGAGAGGACACCAGCAGGAAAUGCACAGGCCAGGAGAGGAUCGGGAUAGACUCCAAGUAUGAGCAGGAGGGGAAGGUUCAGUUUGUAAUAGAUGCUGUGUAUGCCAUGGCUUAUGCCCUCCACAAUAUACAGAGAGACCUGUGUCCAGAGCACUCUGGCAUUUGCCCUGGGAUGGAGGCAGCCGAGGGGAAGACCCUGCUCAAGUAUAUACGCAACGUCAGCUUCAACGGUAGUGCAGGCACGUCGGUUAUGUUUAAUAAAAACGGUGACGCCCCGGGACGCUACGACCUGUUCCAGUUCCAGAUGACCAACUCCAGUGUUCCUGAAUACAGGCCCAUCGGACAGUGGGUGGAGACACUCCAACUCAGGCUCGAGGAGAUGCAGUGGCCAGUAGGGGAGCCGGGUGUCCCUAUCUCUGUGUGCAGUCUGCCCUGUAAGACAGGUGAGAGGAAGAAGAGGGUAAAGGGCAUGCCAUGCUGCUGGCACUGUGAGCUGUGUGAUGGCUACCAGUACCAAUACGAUGAGACCUUGUGCCGCUUGUGCUCCUACGACAUGAGGCCUGACCCAAACCGGACAACCUGCCAACCUAUCCCCAUCGUCAAGCUGGAGUGGCACUCCCCCUGGGCAGUCAUUCCCGUCUUCCUUGCCAUGCUGGGCAUCAUCGCCACCAUCUUCGUCAUGGCAACGUUCGUACGCUACAAUGACACACCUAUUGUGCGGGCAUCGGGCCGCGAGCUGAGCUAUGUGCUGCUGACGGGCAUAUUCCUGUGCUACAUCAUCACCUUCCUGAUGAUCGCCAAGCCCGAUGUGGGCGUGUGCUCCUUCCGGAGAAUCUUCUUGGGCCUGGGGAUGAGCAUCAGCUACGCCGCACUGCUCACCAAGACCAACCGCAUCUACCGGAUCUUUGAGCAGGGCAAGCAGACGGUGACCGCCCCACGUUUCAUCAGCCCCACCUCCCAGAUCGCUAUCACCUCCUCCCUCAUCUGCCUGCAGCUGCUGGGCGUGCUCAUCUGGUUCGCCGUGGACCCGCCCAACACAGUCAUCGACUACGACGAGCAAAAGACCAUGAACCCCAACCUGGCGCGAGGCGUGCUGAAGUGUGACAUCACGGACCUGCAGAUGAUCUGUUCGCUGGGCUACAGCAUCCUUCUGAUGGUCACAUGUACCAUCUAUGCCAUCAAAACCCGGGACGUGCCAGAGGACUUCAACGAGGCCAAGCCCAUCGGCUUCACCAUGUACACCACAUGUAUUGUGUGGCUGGCCUUCAUCCCCAUCUUCUUUGGCACGGCCCAAUCUGCAGAGAAGCUGUACAUCCAGACGACUACCCUCACCAUCUCUAUGAACCUCAGUGCCUCUGUAGCUCUCGGGAUGCUCUACAUGCCCAAGGUAUAUGUCAUCAUCUUCCACCCAGAGCUUAACGUGCAGAAGAGGAAGAGGAGCUUCAAGGCUGUGGUCACUGCCGCCACCAUGUCCUCCCGUCUCUCUGUGAAGCCCAGCGAGAGGCCCAAUGGAGAGGCCAAAUCUGAGCUGUGUGAAAACCCACCCACCGACCCCAUGAGUCAAGCUACGAAGAAAACAUAUGUGAGUUACAACAACCUCAGGAUCUGAUGGGUUCCCGGGGAAUUCUCCAUGUCCUUACUCUGUGAUGAUGACCAAGACUAGGGAUCACAGGAAGAGAAUACCGGGACAGGGACACUACCUACCUAUGCACUCCAGGACUGUGGUUGGUGUCAACCUUCAUCAUUUGUGUCUUCUGAAGAGGAGGAUGGCAGGGGGAAAGGGAAAACGGAGGGAUGGAGAUAUUUGACAUCAGGAGUGAAUGAAUGAUGAAGAUACAAACACAGCUGUAAGAUGGUAACUUGGCCCUGGUCCGUUCUGUUCUAGAACCAGACCCUGGAACCUCUCUGUAGGGUUUUCCGUUAACAGUGAGUGAACAACCUCUGUGAUACAGGUGUCGCUGAAAAAAAUAUGUCUGAACAGUUUAUUUCAACAGUUUUCAAAUAAUUUUUUUGCAAUAUCCAUUAAAGUCAUAUUCUCUUGCAGUGCUCAUGGUUUGUUUUUAAGUUAAGUGAGGUUUCUUCUUAGUUCCUUGUGCCUGAUCUUUCAUUUUUUCUGACAUAACAUUAUGUUGAAUUUUGAUUGAAUAACUUUAAUUAGCAAGCUCCGUCACAUGCAUUUUGUUUUAUGAAAUCAACUCAAAUCAGCUAUUUUAACACAAAUAACUAUGUCAGAGUGACGGGCAAUGUAUCUAUAUUUUUUUGUAAAUAUCUGAGAGUAUUUUCGUGUUUGGAUGACAACAAAAAAAUAUAUCCAGUCUAUGUUUGAUUGGCUUUGGAUGGUAAGGAAAAAGCAGCACAAAGUGUUCACAUUGCAUGUGCCAAUGUUUGUCUUUUCUAUUUGGUGUAAAAAAAAAAAAGAUACAUUCAUUCUCAAAAUGACUAUGAUGUUAACCAUCAUUCUGCCGUUUAUUCAUUUAUUUUAAAUAAAUUACCUGAUUCACAAGAGAAUAUGGCUUUAAUCUGUUAUUAAAAUGGACCCCUCUGCAUCUGCAAGCAUGUUUGAUUUAUAUAGUUUUGUACAGAGUACAUUGUGUUUAAUUAUCAAUGGUGUGGGGCAAAAAAACAUUAAUAUUGAAACAUUCAUGCAAGUAUGCUGUGAUGUUGUCUGUCCAAUUAUCAACAUGUAAUAAAAUAAUUUUGUUAUCUUUUAUACACUCAAACAA